AUUGCCUAUUCACUAUUGAUAAGUGAACUCUUUCUCUCUCUGUCGCGCGCGAAGUGAAGAAAAAUUGCAGAACUCCAGAACUUUACUUCACGUCCACGAAUCACAACACUCCUUCGCUCCGACUCCACAAUUAACAGCAGAGUGUAAUUCAAUGCGUCUUUCCAAAAUCCAGCUGUUGCGCCAUGUGCCCAACUCUACAACUCGCGCUUCAUUUCUUUCACAUUUCUCAACUAAACCUGAAAUCAACACUUCUUCUCCACUGCCCGAAAUCCAAGGAGCAGAAGCGCCACAAAAUUCUGAUAUUGAAACCAUCACCAUAACUGAUGCAACCCAUUGGAGUAGACGCAUCCACAAGCUAUGUAUUGUUGAUCAUGAUGCCGACGCGGCACUCCGCCUUCUCCACCAGCUCUACCUCCGCGGCUUCCGGCCCAACUCCCUUAAUAUCAGCAGCAUUCUCCAUGCUCUCUGCAAUUCCAAUCGUUUUGCGGAAGCCCAUCAUCGCUUUUUUCUCUUCAUUUCCUCCGGUUGCGCCCCCGACGAACGUACUUGUAACGUGCUCAUCGCCCGCCUCCUGGAUGGACGUGAUCCUUAUUGUACAUUACGUUUGAUAAAUACGUUGGUGGCUGAGAAGCCUGAGUUUGUGCCUUCAUUGGUGAAUUAUAAUCGUCUGGUUGAUGGGUUCUGUAAGUUGGGAAGAUUGGAUGCCGCCCAUUUGAUGUUGUAUCAUAUGAUGAGGAGGGGUCAUUGUCCAAAUGUUGUUUCGUAUACUACUUUGAUUAAUGGAUAUUGUAGGAUUGAGGAUGUGGGUGCUGCUGAAAAGGUGUUUGAUGAAAUGUUAGAGUACGGAGUUCGAUCCAAUGCGUUUACUUACAGUACUUUGUUUUCUGGUUUUCUGAGGAAAAGAGAGUUUGAAAACGGGAAAAAGUUUAUGAGAAAAGUUUGGGAGGCUAUGGGGAGGGAGGGGGAUGUGCAGGUUAAUAAUGCAGCUUUUUGCAAUGUAAUUGAUUCUUUGUGUAGACAAGGGUAUUUUCAUGAAGUGUUUAAGAUUGCUGAAGAUAUGCCGCAGGGGAAGAAUGUUCUUGAAGAAUUUGCUUAUGGGCAAAUGAUUGAUUCGCUAUGUAGGUUUGAGAGGUACAAUGGUGCUGCAAGGAUUGUUUAUAUGAUGAGAAAGAGAGAUUUUAUUCCAAGUUUGGUUUCAUAUAAUUCAAUUAUACAUGGUCUAUGCAAGGAUGGUGAUAUCUUAAGGGCAUACCAGUUGUUGGAAGAAGGGAUGCAGUUUGGAUACUCUCCCUCCGAGUUUACAUAUACAGUCUUGGUUGAGGGUCUUUGUCGUGAAUAUGAUCUGGCUAAAGCGAAAGAGGUUCUUAAUAUGAUGUUGAGUAGGGAAGGUGUGGAUAGGACUAGAAUGUAUAAUAUUUAUUUGAGGGCUCUUUGUCAUAUGAAUAAUCCUACUGAGCUUUUAAACGUACUUGUUUUAAUGUUUCAGUCCCAGUGCCAGCCAGAUAUUAUUAGUCUCAAUACUGUAAUUAAGGGAUUUUGUAACAUGGGGAGAGUUAAAGAGGCUUUGCAGGUGUUUGAUGAUAUGAUCAUGGGGAAAUUUUGUGCUCCAGAUGAGGUCACCUACAGUACUAUUAUUCAUGGACUCCUAAAUGCGGGAAAGGCUGAAGAAGCUGUCUAUUUCUUGCGUAAUGUUAUGCCUGAGAAGGGUUUUUCUCCUAGUGUUGUGACUUAUAAUGCUGUACUUCGUGGAUUAUUUAAACUUGGCCUAGCGAAUGAAGCUAUGGAAGUUUUUAAUAAUAUGGUUUGCAGCAGGGUGCCUGCUGAUUGCAUAACUUACACUGCUGUAAUUGAGGGGCUAUGUGAAUCUAAGUGCAUAGAUGAUGCUAAGAAGUUCUGGAACAAUGUUGUUUGGCCCACAGGAGUUCAUGAUAAUUUUGUUUAUGCUGCCUUACUUAAAGGGCUUUGCCACUUCGACAAAUUCAAUGAGGCCUGUAAUUUACUUUAUGAACUGGCAGAUUGUGGUGUUACACUCAACAAUGUAAAUUAUAACAUUGUCCUUGACUGCGCUUGCGAGUUAGGUUUGAAAAGAGAAGCUUAUCAGAUUGUCGGUGAAAUGAGAAAAAAUGGAGUAGUGCCAGAUGCUGUAACAUGGAGAAUAUUGGAUAAAUUGCAUCAUAGUUUAGGACAGCCAGAAUCUGGAGGAUCAACAGCUCAGUCCAUUGUGCUAAAAUUUGUAUGAUUGUUUGAGCAUAUUUAAGUAUGAAAACUACUUUAACAUUGUUGAUAAGUACUGUAUCUGACAUGGUACUUUCUCUCAAGACCCAUUAAUGUUCUUAUUCUUCUUGCA